UCCACCACUGUUUCCAAUGGAACCGAUGGGCAAUUUGGACAGUGCUCAAAGGACAUAGGUGUUGUUUACAACGCGGAUGAAGUUGAACUGCAUGUGGUGUUUGCAAUUCUCAUCUCAUGGAGACGUCAUCCUGUUUUUGUCUUGGUAUGCAAAACAUCGUGUCGUUUUGUUCACAGAGCAGGUUCCGGCAGGAUUCAAUUAAUAAGGAGACCGUGCUGUUUCGGUUUUCGCACAGACAAGUGCUUGCCGUGUCAACCAUUCCGUCGUCGUCGAUAACCGGCAAGCCCCCGCCGCUGCUGCAGCUCUCAUCUGGUGCUUCAAUGGCUGCAUCGGUUAAUAUCAAGCUUUCUCGAUCAAACCGUAUCUAUCGCCCUUCUGAACCUGUGGAAGGAAAAAUCGUGAUAAAGUCUCCUUCUUCCAUUUCCCACCAAGCCGUUCGUCUAUCCGUCAAUGGAUCAGUCAACUUACAGGUUCGCGGAGGAUCAGCUGGAGUUAUAGAGUCCUUCUAUGGCGUACUCAAGCCUAUUCCUAUCGUGAAAAAGACCGUCGAAGUAAGAUCUUCUGGGAAAUUCGGUUCCGGAACGACAGAGAUUCCAUUCUCCAUAACCCUGAGAGAUCCUGGUGAAAAUGCUUCAGAAAAGUUCUAUGAGACUUUCCAUGGAUCCGAUAUCAACAUUCAAUAUCUGUUAACUGUAGAUAUAGCAAGAGGGUACUUGCAUAAACCAUUAUCUGCAACAAUGGAGUUCAUAAUCGAGAGCGAUAAAGUCAAUCUUCCCGAGCCACUGCUUUCUCCAGAGAUGGUCAUCUUCUACAUCACCCAAGACACUCAGAGACAUCCUUUGCUCACUGAACUUAAAACAGGUGGAUUCCGAGUAACCGGAAAAAUGUCCACCCAACGUUCUUUACAGGAUCCACUCAGCGGCGAGUUAACAGUGGAAGCGUCUUCCAUUCCCAUCACUUCAAUAGAUAUUCACCUCCUCCGAGUCGAGUCAAUUCUUGUGGGAGAGAGAAUUGUUACGGAGACUUCUUUGAUUCAAUCUACAGAGAUUGCAGAUGGGGAUGUGUGUCGCAACUUGGCUAUCCCAAUCUAUGUUAUACUUCCACGGCUUUUGACAUGUCCGACCACCUUUGCAGGGCCCUUUUCUGUGGAGUUCAAGGUAUGCAUAGCCAUCAGUUUCGAGUCGAAAGUCGCUAAAGCACAUCAGCCCAAAUCUGAUCCGACAGCUCCCAGAUUAUGGAUGGCAAUGGAGAAACUGCCUCUGGAACUCGUUAGGACAAAGGGAGACGGCCUUUGGCGUUAAAAAGAUUCAUAUAAUACAGUACACAACCAUGUGUAUUCACGCGUUUGUGUUUGUGUUUGUUUUUGCGCUUUGCGUUUUAAACUAUCAUGGGAACUUGAGCAGUUAUGUCCUUAUAAUGCGUUUGCGAUUGUGAUUCCCUUCCCUUGUAAAUAUGGACCGCAUGCCAGAUAUAUUCAGCCACCGAUAAUUCUUGCA